AUGGACAGUACUUGGUGGAAAUUAAUUUACAACACGGCUGAUGAAGCUAUCGAGACGAAAUCCGAUGUUAUAAUAGCGGUUGUACAUUGGUAUUUAUUACUAUCUGGAAUGAAAUGCGUUGGAUUCUCGAUAUUGUCAGAUUCAGAUAUAGAGAUGGAACUAUUACCUGAUGAAUGGAGCAUUAAUAAAAGCUCAUACGCUCUACGAUAUAAAUAUAAAUACGAAAUUUUCGUUCUUGUCGGAACAGUGGAUGGGAAUUCCAUUGUGCUAAACUUGUUGAACUUUACGUCAUUAGAAGCAACCAAGGCUGCCUUCGCUUUGGAUGCAACUGUUGCUUCAAUCAAAGGAGAAACGCUCAAGGCAUUAAUACCAGACAUUGAACCCGUGCUUUGUCGCUUGCAUAGCGAACUUGUUGGUCAUCUUCGCAUUAUGGUAGACAUCCGUGGAAACUUUACCGCCGAAGAGUUUGAUGAAAGGUUGAAAAAAGGCUUGGAAAAAGAAAAGGAAAGGGCGAUGUUACACAAGUUAGCGGAAAGCGGACAAAUUAAACAAAAUGUGCUUCAACUAGAACGUUCUAUUCGACGAAGUAGUUAA